AUGGCUUCUCCAAGGAUCAGAACCAUCGAGCCCAGGAACCUCAGUGAGACAAGGUGGCAGGAGGAACAUAGACAUCCUUCGCCGACGGGGAGAUCGUCACAAGCUCGAAGCCGGGCAUUUUCGUUCCGAAUCCCGACUUUCAGAAUGUCUCCGGAGCCAAGUGACAGAAAGACAUCGUACGAGCGCCGCGGCCGUCACAGAUCACCUCGUCCCAUUGUUACCGACUUCCCAGAGAUCGAGGAGCGGAGGCCGCGCAACGAGCGGCCAGCUUCGGCCCGAAUCCGAUGCAUUUCACCGCGGACAGGAAGUUCGCCGACCUCGAUCAACAGGGAGAGAGUAAAUGAUGCUGUUGAAAUACCUCGCCAGGCUCGAUCACGACAACCGUCACGUGAGCAACGACCUCCUCGUCCACGAACGCCUGUUACUGAACGUGAGCCGGAGCAACGGAGACCACAGCGAGGUCUUAACUAUGUAGUGGACAUUCACAAUGACGCGGCUGCAUCCCAAGACAGAGACCGCAGGAGUUCAGAACGUCGACAAGUUCAUUUCUCCAGCGACGUGGAAUAUGAAAAGCAUGUAAACAGCAUCAGGGCUCGCAACCGUUCUGCUGUUGCAAGAGAUGCCGAGAACACGAGCAAUAGGGCGAGCCAUUCGCGAGAUAGCAGUCCACAUCCACGAGUUCAUUCUCCUUAUCCUGGAAGGGUGACGCAGCGGCAUCAGGAGACCAACCGCCACCGUCCGCGAAUCAUCCAAGACGGUAACCGUAUCAUCUCAGAAGCAGGCGAGCGCAUUUUAGCAGAGGGCCGGGAACGCCACCAACGCGGGAAUCCAAUGCGUGAUGUCGAGAUGCGCACUCAUCGAAGAGCAUCUAACAGUAGAUCUGGUCGUUUGCGAUUCUUCCAUUCGGGCGAGAAAAGCAAAGAUGACCGGUGGCAUGACGAGCGCUGGUUCUGA